ACAAUCAUGUCUGUUAAUUUUAACUGUCCUUUACAACAGAAAAGGUAAAUUAUAAUUUUAAAUGAUUGUGAUAAAGAAAAAAAAAGUCCAAAAUGGACUAAUGACGUCUUCCUCUUGCCUUCUCUCUCUCCCCCAAAGGUUUUUCUCCUGUUUGAAUUUGAAACACAUCAUAAGUUCCUGUUAUUACAUCAAAAUAAUAAUGAGAGAGAGAAACGAUAGUCUCAUUUCCUCUGUUUCGGGUUCCAUCGUUCAUCUCUCUUCAUAAUUGCAGCCAUCUUCUUCACCCGAAUUCUCUCUCCACCGCUCUGAUUUCUCUCCUCCCGACACAGGAGAUGAGCAAACUGGUGGUGGAAGUAGUGGACGCGAGCGAUCUGAAGCCCAAAGACGGACAAGGAUCCGCCAGUCCAUUCGCCGAAGUCGAUUUUGACGACCAGCGUCAGAGGACGCAGACGCGGCACAAGGAUCUCAACCCUCAGUGGCACGAGAAGCUUGUCUUCCAUGUCCCCGACCCCACCGCUCUUGAGCUUGCAAGCCUCUCUCUCUCUCGCCGCUGCUUCCAAAAGCAGCAAAUGCUCAAGUUCCUCGGCCGUGUCAGGAUAUCCGGCGUGUCUGUUCCCUUGUCUGAAUCCGAGGCCACCGUCCAGAGAUACCCGCUCGACAAACGCGGCCUUUUCUCCCACAUCAAAGGCGAUAUCGCCCUCAGAAUCUAUGCUCUGCCUCUCGACGACUCCAAUUUUGCUCCGCCCACGCCCCAGGAGGAACCGGCCGAGGUGACGAAGAACUAUGAAAGUUAUGAAACCCCGUUUGUGGAAAUCGAUGGAAACGCUAAAGCCGAAGAAGUUCACACGGAGAAGAAGCCGAAAAAGAAGGAAAAGGAAGCGAGGACGUUCCACUCCAUCGGCACGGCCGCGGCGGCUCCUCCUCCGGCGAUUCCGCCAACGGAGUUCAGGGCGGAUUUCAUGCGGGCGCCGGGCCCUCCGCCGACGGCCGUAAUGCAGAUGCCAGUCCCGAGACAGAACCCGGAUUUCCAACUAGUGGAGACGAGCCCUCCUCUGGCGGCGAGAAUGAGACAAGCGAACUACUUCCGAAGCGGAGACAAGACAGCGAGCACGUACGACCUGGUCGAGCAGAUGCAUUACCUCUACGUGAACGUUGUGAAAGCCCGAGACCUUCCCGUGAUGGAUGUCUCCGGCAGUCUCGACCCUUACGUGGAAGUGAAGCUCGGCAACUACAAAGGAGUGACUAAACACUUGGAGAAGAACCAGAAUCCUGUCUGGAAACAGAUUUUCGCUUUCACCAAAGACAGAUUACAAUCAAAUCUGCUUGAGAUCACCUUGAAAGACAAGGACGUUUUGACAAAAGACGAUUUCGUGGGAAGAGUCCUCAUCGAUCUCUCGGAAGUUCCUCUUAGGGUUCCUCCCGACAGUCCUCUGGCUCCACAGUGGUACAAGCUCGAGGACAAGAAAGGCAUGAAGACCAACAAAGGGGAGAUAAUGUUGGCUGUAUGGAUGGGGACACAGGCCGAUGAGUCUUUUCCCGAGGCUUGGCACUCGGACGCUCAUCGAGUGAGCCACUCGAACCUCGCCAAUACAAGGUCUCAGGUUUACUUCUCGCCCAAGCUGUAUUACCUGAGGGUGCACAUAAUAGAGGCUCAGGAUCUCGUGCCGUCUGAAAAGGGCCGAGCACCAGAUGCAGUGGUCAAGGUGCAGGCGGGCAAUCAGAUGAGAGCCACGAGGACUGCUCAGAUGCGGACAGUGAAUCCACAGUGGCACGAUGAACUCAUGUUUGUUGUGUCUGAACCGUUUGAGGACAUGAUUGUCAUCUCGGUGGACGAUAGAGUCGGUCCAGGGAAAGAUGAGAUACUCGGGAGGGUGUUCAUACCCGUUAGAGAUGUCACGGUGAGGCACGAGACAAGCAAAAUGCCAGAGCCACGGUGGUUGAAUCUUCAGAAACCGUCUCUAGCGAUGGAGGAAGAGACUGAGAAGAAAAAGGAGAAAUUCUCCAGCAAGAUCCUCGUAAGGCUCUGUUUAGAAGCAGGGUACCACGUUCUUGAUGAAUCCACACACUUCAGCAGCGAUCUUCAGCCAUCUUCAAAGCAUCUAAGGAAGCCAAGUAUCGGAAUUUUGGAGCUCGGUAUUCUCAGCGCUAGGAACUUGAUGCCGAUGAAAGGCAAAGAAGGGACGUCAACCGACGCAUACUGCGUGGCCAAAUAUGGCAACAAAUGGGUGAGGACGAGGACUCUUCUCGACUCACUAGCUCCCAGAUGGAAUGAGCAGUACACAUGGGAGGUCUUUGACCCAUGUACUGUCAUAACAAUUGGCGUCUUCGACAAUGCUCACAUCAAUGGUGGUGGUGAUGUCAGAGACCAAAGGAUCGGGAAGGUGAGAGUCCGGCUGUCUACUUUGGAAACCGACAGGGUCUACACACAUUUCUACCCAUUGCUGGUCCUUACACCGUCUGGUCUAAAAAAGAAUGGAGAGCUUCAGUUGGCUCUGAGGUUCACCUGCACGGCAUGGGUGAACAUGGUGGCACAGUACAGAAAACCAUUGUUGCCGAAGAUGCAUUACGUUCAACCAAUACCCGUCAGGCACAUCGACUCGUUGAGGCACCAGGCAAUGCAGAUAGUUGCAUCGAGGCUGGCAAGGGCCGAGCCACCUCUGAGGCGUGAGGUCGUGGAGUACAUGCUUGACGUCGACUACCAUAUGUUCAGUCUCAGGAGAAGCAAAGCCAAUUUCACCAGGAUUAUGUCGCUAGUCUCAUCUGUCACUCUGGUCUGCAAGUGGUUCAACGAUAUCUGCACAUGGAGAAACCCGAUCACGACGUGUCUGGUUCACGUCCUGUUCUUGAUCCUGGUCUGUUAUCCAGAACUAAUCUUGCCUACGAUCUUCCUCUACCUCUUUGUGAUUGGAAUGUGGAAUUAUCGGCUCAGGCCGAGACACCCUCCUCACAUGGAUGCACGUCUGUCCCAAGCCGACCACGCUCAUCCAGACGAGUUAGAUGAGGAGUUUGACACAUUCCCAACCGGUAAACCCUCGGAUGUUGUCAGAUAUAGGUAUGACAGGCUGAGGAGCGUAGCGGGGAGGGUCCAGACAGUGGUGGGAGACCUCGCAACGCAGGGGGAGAGAGCUCAGGCGCUGCUGAGUUGGAGAGACCCGAGAGGCACAGCUAUAUUCAUAGUCUUCUCGCUGAUCUGGGCGGUGUUUAUUUAUGUCACACCGUUCCAGGUGAUAGCAAUCCUGGUGGGGUUGUACAUGCUGCGUCAUCCAAGGUUCAGGAGCAAGAUGCCUUCAGUACCAGUCAAUUUCUUCAAGAGAUUACCAGCCAAGUCAGAUAUGCUGCUGUAAGGAAAAAAGAGUGAAAUUCAUCUCAGUAAAUAAAACGUCACUGUAAUUGAUUGUAGUGUAUCAGAGAGGAGAUUUGUAGAGGGAAAAAGAGUGAAAUCCAUACACUGCAGCGCCAGUGGUGGGGGCUGAUGCCUCACACCCACUUGUUCACAGUGAAAUAAAUAACAAGGCCCAUUCUUUUUCAGCACGAA